GUGAUUGAUAAACCAGGCGGACGUGUCAGGAAAGACUCGAACUUUGCCACCAGACAUAAUGCGACCAUGAAGCUAUAAAACGUGCGAUCACUCGCGAAUGAAUCAGUACUGCUGCUCCAGAUAUCGCCGUAGCACGGUCAUCAAGCCGCGUUCGUUGAGACAACUUCCAAGUUUUUCUGUAAAAGUUCGUUUCCGUUGUGAGGACCACAGUGCAAGAUUCCAACAAGAGACGGACAGCACAAAACUUUCAAUUGAGUUGGAAAUCUCUCCCUAGAAAGAUUUCUAUCUUGAGUGGUAAGGGGGCUCCCCAACAUUAAUCUAUCAGGAUGAAGCUUCAAGCUACCAUGGUGCUGUGUUGUGUGCUUUUUGGACUUCCUGGAAUCAAGUCCCUCAAGACCUCCUGUGCCGACUCGCCAUGCCAAAAUAAUGGCAUAUGCACGGAUAUUCCAUUCCGGAACACAUACCACUGCUACUGCCCCAGUGACUACUCCGGACACGACUGUGAGAUUCGAGUUGGAGACAGCAGUGAUCCGUGCGCAUCCAAUCCUUGCCCAGAUUCACAGAGAUGCAUCGCGCUGACAGGCUCUGCCCAGGGUUACCUUUGUUUCUAACCUUCAACUCGUUGGAAAGGGUGAGACAGAAUGACGCUGACUCCAACGUGAAUUCCCAACGAUAUACACCAUCCCCUAAUAUGACAGUUGUCGCCCCAAAUACCACUUCUAGUUUUAUUUUGCAUUUACUGAGAUUACAUUAAGCAUUUAUGAUUUGUAUUGUGAUUGCUUGAAAGCCCUCUUGCGUUUUGUUGCUAGCGCAUGAUGGAGAAAUAUCCUUUUUAAACUACUGAGGGAGCUGUUCGUUGAAGCAAUGCACCCGUACCCCUAAAAAGUCUAUUUCUGUGCUGCUGUUAUUUUGUUUCCUUUAAAUAAACGUUAAGAAGACAGCCUUUGGUCUUAUCUACCAUUAGUAGUAAACACCGAGGACCUUCGGUGCAUAACUUGCUUUGUAUUGAAAUCACAGGUUGUCGACCGAGGACUUAGUGUCCUCUGAUGUAUGCAUUAUAUGUGCGUCAAAACUUGUAGCCUACAUGUAACAAUGCAUGGGGCACAGAGAUGAAAAAUGAUUUAAGCUUUCAAAGUCCUCGGACUCAUUCUGAAAUUCAAUUAUCUCUUUCCUCAGUUGCGUUUGGAAAGUCCACUGUCAGUUUAACCAUCAAAAAAGGAACACUAAUGCAAACAUUAAAAGACCAUAGGUUAUUUGAUAUUAUGUAAGCUUAUAUACGUUGUAUAUUAAUAAUAUUAUCGAUAAAUCAGAGAAAUCAGGAGUCCACCUGAAUGUUUCUGAGGAAAUCACAAAAUCUCGGCAAUAUGUCAAAAUAUAAAUAAAUCUUGUACUGCAGCUUGUCCACUCUAUCUCAGUUGGCUUCUUUGAAAUUAGAUGUCGUAAUCAGUGAAGUAUUCUUGGUUUUUAACAUCAGAUUGUCAUCGCAUAAGACUUAGUAAGAGAACAAUAAACAUAUAUUAUCAGAAAAUGGC